GAGGCGCCCUGCCCUCUGUGGGCGUGUCCCAAGGAAGAGGGCGUGGCCGAGAGUCCUGAACAGGAGGAGGGGGCUUUGUUGUGGCGCCGGGAGAGGUACGGCCGUAUCAGUUGGGGGCCGGGAAAGGGGCGGCCGCCUCGUUACUAGCCUGAAUUUCCCUUUUUCUACCCGGGCGGGACAGAGCCGCCUUCCUGACCCUGGGGGCCAGCAGUGAGUGAGAUUCAUCUUGGGAUCUGGGAUGUCUUACAACAGAUUAGAAUGGAACUGCGUGUAAUUUAGGCACUAUAUACAGCACAUCGUUCCACAGAAGGUUGCCUGUGUCUCUAGUAUAAUCUCUUUGCAAGUUUGUAUAGCUAAGCAUGGAAAUAAACAGAUCAAGCCAAGUCAUACAGGAGCAAGGAAUAAGCGACUUCCAGUAGCAGCCAGACGCUGUCAUCAUAUCAUACGAUGGAACCUUGUACAGCUGAUGAAUUUUUUCAAGCACUUAAUCAUGCUGAACAAACCUUUAAAAAGAUGGAAAACUAUUUGAGGCACAAGCAAUUGUGUGAUGUGGUAUUAGUUGCCGGUGAUCGCCGGAUUCCAGCUCACAGAUUGGUGUUGUCUUCUGUCUCAGACUACUUUGCAGCCAUGUUUACUAAUGAUGUAAGAGAGGCAAGGCAAGAAGAAAUUAAAAUGGAAGGUGUGGACCCAAAUGCGUUAUGGGCUUUGGUGCAAUAUGCAUAUACAGGUCGCCUUGAAUUAAAAGAAGAUAAUAUUGAAUGCCUGUUAUCUACAGCCUGUAUUCUCCAGCUCUCUCAGGUUGUAGAAGCCUGCUGCAAGUUCUUAAUGAAGCAACUUCAUCCAUCCAAUUGCCUUGGAAUCCGCUCCUUUGCUGAUGCGCAAGGUUGCACAGAUUUGCAUAAAGUGGCCCACAAUUACACUAUGGAGCAUUUCAUGGAAGUAAUAAGAAACCAAGAAUUUGUGUUGUUACCUGCCACUGAAAUUGCAAAACUGUUAGCAAGUGAUGAUAUGAACAUUCCUAAUGAAGAGACUAUCCUUAAUGCAUUGCUUACAUGGGUACGGCAUGAUUUAGAACAAAGAAAGAAGGAUCUAAGUAAACUCUUGGCAUAUAUCAGGCUGCCCCUGCUUGCACCACAGUUUUUGGCAGAUAUGGAAAACAAUGCACUGUUCAGAGAUGAUAUUGAAUGUCAAAAACUCAUUAUGGAAGCAAUGAAGUACCAUUUGUUGCCAGAGAGGCGGCCAAUGUUACAAAGCCCCCGCACAAAGCCUAGAAAAUCAACAGUUGGUGUGUUGUUUGCAGUUGGAGGAAUGGAUGCAACUAAAGGGGCAACAAGCAUUGAAAAGUAUGAUCUCCGUACCAAUAUGUGGACUCAUGUAGCAAAUAUGAAUGGAAGAAGACUACAAUUUGGGGUAGCAGUGUUAGAUGAUAAGUUGUAUGUUGUUGGUGGUAGAGAUGGCCUGAAAACAUUGAAUACUGUGGAGUGUUACAACCCCAAAACAAAAACUUGGAGUGUGAUGCCUCCUAUGUCCACUCACCGUCAUGGUCUUGGGGUCGCAGUAUUGGAAGGUCCUAUGUAUGCUGUAGGAGGACAUGAUGGUUGGAGCUACCUGAACACUGUAGAAAGAUGGGAUCCCCAAGCACGUCAGUGGAAUUUUGUGGCUAGUAUGUCAACUCCAAGGAGUACAGUGGGUGUAGCAGUAUUAAACGGAAAGCUCUAUGCAGUUGGUGGUCGAGAUGGAAGUUCGUGUCUCAAAUCUGUGGAAUGCUUUGAUCCUCAUACUAAUAAAUGGACACUCUGUUCUCAAAUGUCAAAGCGAAGAGGAGGUGUUGGAGUAACCACCUGGAAUGGGUUCCUCUAUGCUAUUGGAGGCCAUGAUGCACCAGCUUCCAACUUGACAUCAAGGUUGUCAGACUGUGUGGAGAGGUAUGAUCCAAAAACAGAUGUAUGGACUGCUGUGGCAUCCAUGAGCAUUAGUAGAGAUGCAGUGGGAGUCUGUCUUCUUGGAGACAGAUUGUAUGCUGUUGGUGGAUAUGAUGGACAAACCUACCUUAACACAGUGGAGUCCUAUGACCCCCAGUCAAAUGAGUGGACACAGGUUGCUCCAUUGUGCCUAGGAAGAGCGGGGGCAUGUGUUGUGACUGUGAAACUUUAAUUAUGAAGAUAUCCUUCUCUUCUGUAGACGGGAGGGGGGCAAUUUACUAAAUUAUAAUCAAAUAAGGUACUGUGUAUCUUCACAGGGCAAAGAGUUUGGUCUUAAUCCAUUACCUAAUUUUUAAUGGACCAAUAACAAGCACUUUUUAAAAUGAAUAAUGCAAAUUUAUGUACAUUUAUUUGUAAUAGAAUACAGCUGACAUGUUUUAUUGAAAAAUACAGGAUUAAAAAUAAAUUGGCCUUUACAAUUUUUGUCUUGCUAUAAACGAUCUGGAAGUAGAUGUGGAGGGUGUAAAGCCUGUGUGUAGUGUCAUAUACUUGCAUACCCAAAUUUAUGCUUUUGAAACUUUCCAGAUGGAGGCACUGACCUUGCUUGGUUUCAAAUUUAUCAUUAUAAUAUUUUUUAAAAUGUGAUACAAAGACAAACCAAAUGCAAACAAAGACUGAGCAUCAAGUGUGCCUCUUGUCUUAGAAAUGCAAUUCAUGUUAUUUUUUAAUUCCUUCAUACAGCUUAAGUUUUACUAUCUUUUUGUUUGCCUAGCCAAAGCCUUACCUUAAUUAUUGUCUUAUUCUCAAGAAUAUAUUCUUCAAUAAUUUUGCUGCGUGUAAUACCGUGUAUGUGAGGCAUUCAAUGAUCUAAAGUAGAGAUUGGGGUAUUUGUAUUCUCAUACGAAUAUGAAUAGCCACACACAGAGAGAUAGACAUAACAAGGGUCCGGCCCCCUGGGACUGGACCAUCCACUUACUCGUCCACUGCUGCCGCCAGCUCUGCUUUCCCUUCCAAUCACUGGAACUCGCGGUCAGCUGUCCACUUGUCAGCCUGGCAGAGAGACCCAUCUUCAUUCCUUCUGCCCAGAGUGGAUAGUCAUUACGUCCAGCUGUGCAGGGAUAUUCGUAUACUAAUACCCUCAUCUCUAAUAUAAAGUGUUGCUUAGCUAGCAUUAAUUUGAAAGAAGGGGUUGCACAAAUCAAAAUACUUUUUAUAAGGUUAAUGCUCCUUGUGGCAUUUUUGUAAGUGUACUUUAGUAAAAAGGCAGGGGGGCAUUAUCCUGUAAGUGGUGCAUCCUUUGGGGAUGUUAAGCUGCUUUAAAAGACACCUCUGCUGUUCUUUCUAAGGAUCAGACAUGUGCGGCUGAAUUCUUUAAUACUGUAAUAUUUCUUUAGCAUUUGCCUUAUGUUGAUCUCAUAUGCUACUCAGAAUUCUUUCAUUGUUUCAAGUGCUCUCUAGAACCUUUAUAUUUUCUUUUGUGCCUUGGUUCUUACAUUUUCAAAUAUGGUAUGUAAAUAUACAUUGUUUUACUUUAUCAUGGAAAAUAUGAAUAUGUAAACUUCAACAUUUUCUGAAAGUAAAUGAAAAAUGUCUGAUACAUUAACUGCACAUUUUUAAUCUCUUAUACAAUAUUGAAUUCUGCAGGUCACACUUAACUAUUUGUUAGUGUAAAAGAAAAACUACAUUUUUAGUGUGUAAAUCCUAUUUAUACUUCCUUUUUUUUACACCUGGUUGUG